AUGGGUACAUUACAGACCAAGGUGGCCACAUUCGCUUUAGUUGGGUCAAGUGGUUGUGGGAAAUCGGCUUUUGUUAACGCCGUAAGAGGUUUCGACGAUGAUGAUGAUUCAAAAGACAACGAGUUUGAAAGGAUAGCAAAGGUUGAUAUUGUGGAAACAGAAGAUAAAGCCGAAAAGUACAUUGACCGAGAUAAUCCAUUCGUCAGCUUCUGGGAUCCACCUGGUUAUGGCACACCAAUCUAUUUUAAAAUUCGAAGUUAUUGGAGGAAAUUUCAGUUGGAAAGAUGUGACAUUUUUCUGAUUUUUAUUUCACAUAGAGUAACAGAACUUGAUCUUGAAAUAAUACAGAAAGUCAAGUCUACCAACAAGCCAUUCUUUCUCAUUCGCACUAAAAUUGAUAACGAAUACAUGUUGGAGAAAGAUAAAAGUGAGUUCGACGAAGAAGUCUACUUGGACAAGGUCCGGAAGUAUGUAUUGGAAAAAACGAAUUUGUCGUCGGAGGUAUUUCUUAUUUGUAACUAUGAUCCAUGCAAGUGGGAUUUCUUUCAACUCUUACAGGCAAUGAACGACGUCCUGCCAGUUCCUGAGAUGGCUACAUGGCAUCAAUUCUUUGUGAACAGAAUGACCAGAGCUACAGAAAACUUUAAGUAUAAAGGGGUUGAAGCUGCGCAGAAACUGAUGAGAGAUCUUAAUAAGUGGAAAAAAGUUAAAAUAUCUGUGGCUGUUGUCGGAAAAAGUGGCUGUGGCAAAUCAAGUUUUAUUAACGCUAUAAGAGGUGUCAAAGAUGACGACCCAAAUGCAGCAAAAACGGGAGUGACUGAAACGACAAAAAUUACUACUCCGUAUCCUUAUCCAGAUAAUCCCAACAUAACAGUUUGGGAUUGUCCAGAUUUAAAAUUGAAAGAUUUGACGCAUUUAUCAUCAUGA